GUGGACCUAAUUGAACCCCACAUUGGGCCAGUUUUGGGCCGCGGGCCGUAUGUUUGACUCCCCUGUCGUGAGCUAUCUUCACCCACACACCGUCCCUCGCUCUCUCUCUCUCUCUCUCCCUCACACACACAUUUUUUUACCAGUUUAGAACGGAGGUUAUCUUGUUUUUUCGUGGUCAGGGACAGAAUAAUGAAUGGUUUCCUACAGAAGGAAGCUGAGGACGUGAUCUGGAGGUGUUUCCUGUCACACGUGUCCUUAUCGAAAGCUGAUGUUCAGUUCACACACACUCACACACACACUCAGGCCGGGGGACCUUCAGGACAGAGCCUAGAGGAUCGCUGUAACCGGAUCUUGAGGAACAUGGAGGCCUCCCUGACCGCCCGGGAUCGCGUGGGCAUCCAGGAUUUUGUUCUCUUGGACGCCUACACCAGUGAGACCGCCUUCCUGGACAACCUCAGGAAGCGCUUCCACGAGAAUCUCAUUUACACCUACAUCGGGACGCUGCUGGUGUCGGUCAAUCCGUACAAGGAGUUGGACAUCUACAGCAAAAAGCAGAUGGACACCUACAUGGGCGUCAACUUUUUCGAGCUGCCACCUCACAUUUACGCUCUGGCAGACAACGUCUUCCGCACAAUGCUGUCUGAGUUCAACAACCACUUCAUCCUGAUCUCAGGAGAGAGCGGCGCUGGUAAGACCGAGGCCUCCAAGAAGAUCCUUCAGUUCUACGCCGUCAGCUGCCCAAGUACCAGAGUCCUGAACAACGUUCGAGACAGACUGCUGCUCUCCAAUCCGGUGCUGGAGGCUUUUGGAAAUGCCAAAACCCUGAAGAAUGACAACUCCAGUCGCUUCGGGAAAUACAUGGACAUCCAGUUUGAUCAACAGGGUGGUGCUGUUGGCGGACACAUACUCAGUUACCUGUUGGAGAAGUCUCGCGUCGUUCACCAGAACCACGGAGAAAGGAACUUCCACAUCUUCUACCAGCUGGUGGAAGGAGGCGAGGACGAUCUCCUUCUCUGGCUCGGCCUCCAGAGGAACUGUCAGCAGUACAGUUAUCUGGUGCAGGGUGAUUGUGCCAAAGUUAGUUCAAUCAACGAUAGAAGUGACUGGAAGACUGUUCGGAAAGCCCUCUCUGUCAUCGACUUCUCUGAGGCCGACGUCGAGCAUCUGUUUGGGAUCAUUGCCAGCGUGCUGCACCUGGGGAACAUCAGGUUCGAUACAGACGCUCUCGGCUACGCUACACUCAGCAACAACCAGGAAAUGCACUGGGUGUCAAAGUUGCUGGGGAUUCCUGCUCAGGUGCUACAACACGGUUUGACUCACAGGAAGAUUGAGGCCAAAACAGAGGAGGUGUUCAGCCCCUUCUCCGUGGACCACGCAGUUUACGCCAGGGACGCUCUUGCCAAAGCCAUCUACGGACGCACCUUCACCUGGCUGGUCAACAAGAUCAACGAGUCACUAGUUAACAAGGAUUCCUCCAGAAAGACAGUGAUCGGUCUAUUGGACAUCUAUGGGUUUGAGGUUCUCAAUGUUAACAGCUUUGAGCAGUUUUGCAUCAACUACUGUAACGAGAAGCUGCAGCAGCUUUUCAUCGAACUGACCCUCAAAUCAGAGCAGGAGGAGUACCACCUAGAGGGCAUCGAAUGGGAGCCAGUGCCAUAUUUCAACAAUAAGAUCAUCUGUGACCUGGUGGAGGAGAAGUACAGAGGAAUCAUCUCAAUCCUGGACGAGGAAUGUCUACGUCCGGGAGAAGCAACCGAUCUCACCUUCCUGGAGAAGAUGGAGGAGACGAUGGGUGGACACCCACAUUUCGUCACACAUAAACUCGCAGACCAGAAGACCAGGAAAACAAUGGACAGAGGAGAUUUCCGCCUGUUGCAUUACGCUGGAGAAGUGACCUACUGUGUCGUAGGCUUCUUGGACAAAAACAAUGAUCUGUUGUACCGAAAUGGGAAAGAGGUCAUGCGUCGGUCCAAAAACGCCAUCAUCACUCACUGUUUUCCUACCACUGAGCCGGACAGCAAGAGGAGACCGGAAACUGUGGUGACUCAGUUUAAGAGCAGUCUGGUGGGACUGACUGAGAUCCUCAUGUCCAAGGAGCCGUGGUACGUCCGCUGCAUCAAACCCAACGAGGCCAAACAGCCAGGUCGUUUCGAUGACGUGUUGGUCCGACACCAGGUCAAGUACCUGGGACUGAUGGAACAUCUGAGGGUCAGACGGGCUGGCUUCGCCUACCGCCGCAAAUAUGAGAUCUUUCUGCAGAGGUAUAAGGCUCUGUGUCCCGACACUUGGCCCAACUGGAGAGGAUCGGCAGCAGAGGGUGUGCAGCGGCUCAUCAAACACCUGGGCUACAAAUCUGACGAGUACAAAAUGGGCAGAACCAAAAUUUUCAUCCGCCAUCCCAAAACGCUGUUUGCCACAGAAGACGCCUUCCAGGAGUGCAAACACAGACUAGCGACAAGGAUUCAGGCCAAGUACAAAGGCUACAGGGUGAAGGGCGACUUCCAGAAACAAAAGGAAGCUGCCACUAGGAUUGAAACCUGCUGGAGAGGCCUGAUGGCCAGGAAAGAGAGGGAAAAAAGGGCGUGGGCCGCCAAGGUCAUUAAGAAGUUCAUCAAAGGCUUCAUGACCAGACACCAGCCGAUCGGUGCGGACAACAGCGAGUACCUGAUGUACGUCAGACAGAACUACCUCACACGCCUGAAGGACAACCUCCCCAAAACGGUUCUGCACAGAGAUGCCUGGCUCACCCCCCCACCCAUCAUGCACGAGGUGUCCCAGAUCUUGAAGCAGGUCUACAUUCGUCACUUGGUCCGGAAGUAUGUUGGAGGAAUCAGCCCACAGAGGAAGGCUCAGCUGAUGUUAAAACUUCAGGCCAGCGUCAUAUUCAAAGGGAAGAAGGAAAGUUACCCCUUCAGUGUGAGCAGACCUUUUCUGGACACCAGGAUAGGUACAGACAACAUUAGCAUCAAAGUUCUUCAGAUGAUUCGACAGGAACAACUCAAGGUAAACGAUGUCCCGGUGGUCAAGUACGACAGGAACGGCUUCAGACCUCGACUGCGGCAGCUCAUCUUCACCAUGGAAGCCGCCUACCUGGUGGAGGAGGCCAAGAUCAAGCAGAGGAUUGAGUUCAUCAGUCUGAAAGGUGUGUCCGUGAGCGACCUCAGUGACAACUUCCUGAUCUUCCAUGUUUCAUGUGAGGACAAGAAAAAGGGGGAUCUGGUCCUGCAGUGCGACCACCUGUUUGAGGCCCUGACCAAACUGAGUGUAAUAGUCAGCAACCAGAACUUCAUCAGAGUGGUCCAGGGCAGUGUGAGGUUUGACAUCCAGCCAGGCAGAGAGGGCUUCGUGGACUUCAAGAGUGGGCAGGAGUCCAUGGUGUACAGGGCCAAGAACGGCCACUUGAUGGUGGAGUCGACCAGAAACAAGACCAGGAUGUGACCUCCAGUCCAGCCCACUGUGAUUCCCACCAAACAUCAGCCACGCUUCGUCCGAACCAACGCCCCCUGGCUGCUGCCAGUCAAUACUACAUUUGUAUUUUGUUUCCCCUGUAUCUUCAUUCGUAAACUUAAAGAAAACAAAGUAUGGCGGAGGCUAAUACUGCUCACGUACUGCCAACAUUUUAGUGAUUAAGGAGUUCGAACCCUGUUCUUCCUGUUCCUGAUAUUUGAAUUUUGUAUAUUUAUAUGAAGUAAGUGAUUCCAGCACAGAUUACUGUAGUAGUACUCCUCCGUA